UGCAUGAACCAUAAACGUAUGAUAGGGAAGUACCUGUACAACAACGUUGUGAUUAUUUCUCAUCUAUUGACUAGAUCGAGCUAGGGAAUCCUUCAAGAACUCUACUAAUUGUUUUUAUGGGUACUGUUAAUCAACUAUCGAUUCAUGGCAGACGUUAAAACGAUUGACGAGCCCAGAGAAAGCAUUCCCAACUGUAGGGUGAGAAUACGUGAAUUUAAUAAUAAAAUCAAAGACGCACAGUUGGGAUCCAUUUAUGAUGAUGUGCCUUGCAAAGACUGUGAAAAGACGAUACUUAAAGAAGCGAGUGAGCUGAAUGGUGAAUGUUGUCGGUUGAUAGAUCACUAUAAUAAGGAUGAAAUGUCUCCAUCCCAGAUCGCAAAGGUUUGCUGCUUUACCUGUUCAAAAGAGGACAUUGGUUAUGCUUCCCAUGACAACACGUGUAUAAAAGAGGUCAUGUCGAGAACUCGGAAACGCAUACGUCAAUACAACGAUCAUCUCGAUGAUCUAGGUUUGAAGGAUGCAGAUGGAAGACCAUGUAAGAAGUGUAAAGAGAGUAUCCUACGAGAAUGCCAGGCACUGGUCAAAGAGUUACAGAAGGCAAAAGACCAGUUCCAGGAAAGCAGUAUGAAGAACAAAUUCCCCUGCGAUUAUGGUUUCGAAUGUGCUAAUGUGGCGAUGAGGAAUGGGGCUAAAGGAAGAUCAAAAAUGAAGCAGAACCAACACGAUAGCGGCUAUCAUAGCGUUAAUUCAGAAAUACUGGGAAAGGAGCCAACAGAAUCCAUGGAUGACAAUCAAACUGCUUCUGCAGAUACAACUUACCCCAAGGAUCUGAACAUAGAUACUCACACUGAGGCGCCUAGCAGCUCUUGUUACAAAGGAGACGUCAAAGGGCCAUGCGCAACGCUGGACGUCAGCAUUAAUGACAACACCGAUGCAUAGAACACUUUUGGGGAUUGAUUUCCAUCCGUAUACUGCAGAAAUUCUCGAUACAUUGUUUUGUUUGUAUAUUUCCAUAUAAAUGUUUCCUUCCAUAUAUUGAACAUAUUUACGAAUAAUUGAUUAUGUGAUUGACAAAUUUUUAAUUUUCGCUUGUUGUUUAUUUAGAUUUUUUAGUCAGUUUGGUAUAAAUGUUACAUGUAUUAUAAAUACUUUUUUAUUAAUGUUGAGGAUUGUCUGUGAUUAAUUAAAAGUCAUAAUUUCGUUCUGUAUAUUCCUACUAUAUUUGUUGUAGAAUGUUUAGAAACAAUUUUCUUUUUAAAACAUCCAUUUUUUAUGCACAUCAUUUCUGUGUGUCAUCAAAUUUUAAAUCAAAGUUCAUAAUGGUGAUGGCCAUUGUCAUGCUCACUUAAACUCUUUAAAUUGUACAUAUUAGUAGUAAAGUAUUUCCAUUAAGGUGGCUCACUACACCUUGAAAUAGUCUCUAAAAUCAGUUGAAAACUACUUGAUUAUGAUAAAUAUCAUGAUGGAUAAGAGGUACUCGAGUCAAAUGGGCGAAAAAAUUGCAAUUUUUGAUAAAGAAAUUAUAUUUUUAAAAAUUUAAUUCUAUAAAAAUGAACAAGCCUCAGGCGGAUUCGAACUCCUUAACUGCAUUUCACAAGACCGCUGCUUUAACCACUGAACUAUUGCGAUAUUCAUCUUAAGCGAUUGAUACAAACAUUUUAACAAAAAAUCUAAAUCACCAUUUUGUGACGUAGUCUCUUAAAAGGUAAAAGUCUAGGUGCAGUAUGGUCCCUCAAACUCCUCCUACUCGGGAUUUUUUCCAAUUCUAAUUCAGCUGUAUUAUAUUUUUUUGUGAAAUCUUGGGUUCUGAGGGUCAGUCAAAUGCAAAUCUUCACAAUGUUAAAACUUUGAAAGUACAUUUGGAAAAAUGUAUUGAAUGAACAACAAAGUGUCAUUCAUGAGUUUUAUUAUCAUUUUUUUAUAUACUUUUUAAAUCGCUGGGUAUAUUACGGGUGUUUUAUCAUCAUAAAACAUCGCAAAAAUACCAUAGCUAUAAUUGAUUCGUGUAUGUAUUACAUGCACUGCGUAGCCAAAUCUUCAUUGUUCAGAUCUGCAGACCUACAUGUACAUGUACAUAUGUAUCACAAUAUCUUUUUAUUUAAAUUGGGCUUUGCUUGAGAAAAAAAGUUAGAAUGUUAAUGAAUUUGCAUUUUACAAAUAGUUUUACAUUUUAUGUGAAAUUGUUUAUACUAUUUAUUUCGUGAAUAUUUAUAUAUUUCGUUUCGUUAUUUAUGUUGAUAUUUCUCUUCAAACAUAACUUUACAGAGUAGACAUAAAAAGUAUUGUAUUAAGAAUGUGUUGUUACAUGUACGUAAUAUAUUCC